ACAUGGGCAAAUAUUGAUCGGCAGUUUGAAGAACACAGAGAAACAGCGAUAUUUAUAUAUAACAUCGGUGAACAUCUAGAUUCAGCUAUCAGUGGAAAAUCAUUCUCUGACUUUAUACCGAAAUAUCUGACAAAAGGACAUCAACGGGAGCAUUGUGGUUUUGCGAUUCAAACAAAGAUAUUGCCUUCCGUAAUAUAGUGACCAGUCGUACCUAACUAUGGUGGCUUACCAGCAAUCAGCGUCAGAAUGUCAAAGACUAGCUAAUGCCAUGGCAAUGAAUGUGCUCGCCAUGUUAAAAAAAGAUGAAUCUCGCUUGAUUCGAAAAGCCAAACAAUUGGUAAAAAAGCGACGAAACUUUGCCAGGAAAGUCUUUAUUGAAAAUGUUGAUGGAUGGACCCCAGCUCACGCAUGCGCGUUACGAGGUUCAAAGAAAUUACUGAAAGUAAUGGUUAAUUCUGGUUUUGAUAUAAACACUCAAAUGGGUCAACCGGAAGGUCUUCCGAACGGUUGCACAUUACUGCACAUAGCUGCCUAUAGAGGUGAUGCUGAUAUCUGUAAAUAUCUGAUUUCCUGUGGAGCUGAUGUUGAUGCCAAAGACAGUUUCGGACGAACACCGCUGUACUACACCACACGUCAUAACAACCGUUAUUUAUUCAACUGCUUUGAGAAAACCGGGGCUGACAUUAGUGCCCUAGACAAAUGGCUUCCUAACUGGAGAUCAGAUCAUACAAACGAGUGUAUGACACCACAGCAAAAAUCAAUAACUUUCUGUUUCUUUUGAAAGUGAUUUGUAGAGUUUUCUUUUGAUAAAAUCAAUUUCUUCGACUUCAUCAUGAUGAACAUUUUCGUCAUCUCGUCAUGUAGUCAUUGAAAUAUCACUCUCUAAUCUUCUACUGGAUGUGUUAUAAGAACUUAUAAUCUACAUGAUGGUACCAACAAAGACUCACAUUCCCUAAUAACAUCUGUUUCAUAAAUACAUAUUCAUUCUAAUUAUAUUGAAAUUAUCUAAUUUUAUUUUUAAGAUUGCACGUAUAUAUUUUCAUUUAUAUUUUAAUGACAUUUUCGCAUUUAUCGUCUCUUACAAUAUAUUCUUUCUCAUUCAUAACUCAUUCCUUCAUGGACAUUACAUACGCUUGAAACAUGUGAUAUCGGUUUCAUCUACCAUGUAAAGAAGUCCCGCUACAAAUUGUAGAAGCAUUGGUGUCGGAGUGCAUUCAAGAUAAACCAUAAAACCGUCCUUGACCUUUCAUAUGAUGUGGUUCUAAAUUGUUAUGAUACAGAUCUCUUGUAUGCUUAUUACACGUAU